UGCGGCUGGUAUUGGGGUCCGAUGAACUGGGAAGAUGCGGAGAUGAAGCUGAAGGGGAAGCCAGACGGUUCCUUCCUGGUCAGAGACAGCUCGGACCCUCGAUACAUCCUGAGCCUCAGCUUCAGAUCCCAGGGUGUCACGCAUCACACUCGCAUGGAGCACUACCGAGGGCUUCCACCCACUCCCGUUCAGCUGCUGUAUCCCGUGUCCCGCUUCAGCAAUGUGAAGUCUCUACAGCACCUCUGUCGCUUCUGCAUCCGACAGAUAGUCCGCAUCGACCACAUCCAAGAGCUUCCACUGCCCAGGUACACAGGUCCUUUUGGUAGUGAGACUGUUUCUCUAGUGGACGUGGACAUCUCACGGCGAGGGACGAACACACCGCACCCCCCCACGCCCCCCGCUCCUCCACGCCGAAGUCUCAGUCUCUUAGAUGACAUAGCGGGUCCUCAGCCAGGGCCUUUUAUAGUGAGUGUUAUGGGUGCCUCUUUGCAGUCCCUUCCUUUGCCUCUCCCUCCUCCUCCUCUUCCCUCCCACGCCACCAUCCAGCAUAGUCUCAGCCUCAAU